AUGUACCGGUCUCUUCAAUCUUUGGUCUGCGCCAUCUUGGUCAUAAGUGUGGCUGCAAGCGACUAUUUUGAACAACUCGCACUCACUCCCUUACCCCUCGGUUCCAUCCUCGCCUCCUUCGACUUCCGCAGCAAUGAAACACUAGAAGCGUAUGAAGCACAGAACUUCAGGUACUUCCCUCGCUCCCUCGGCCAAGCGCUGAGACAUGCAGAUACCGAAGAAUUGCAUUUGAGGUUCACCACGGGGCGGUGGGAUCCUGAAACAUGGGGCGCAAGGCCCUGGGAUGGAACAAAAGAGGGAGGUACAGGUGUUGAGUUGUGGGCAUGGAUCAAUGCUCCUUCUGAAGGGGAGGCUUUCGAGAAAUGGACAACGUUGACCCAAUCACUCUCUGGCUUGUUCUGUGCCUCUCUCAACUUUGUGGACUCGACAAGAACAACGAAACCAGCCUUGACAUUUAAAUCAUCGGCGGUUCAUGAAGGCCAUACCGAGAACUCCCAUCUUCUGCACGGUGUACUUCCAGGAGAAGUAGUAUGCACGGAGAAUCUCACACCCUUUCUCAAACUGCUUCCUUGUAAGGGCAAGGCGGGUAUUUCUAGCCUGCUGGAUGGACAUAAGGUGUUCGAUGCAUCUUGGCAGAGUAUGUCUAUUGAUGUCAGUCCACAAUGUGCUGGAAGUUCAAGUGCUUGUCGAAUGGCAAUCAGUCAAACAAUCGACGUGGUACUUGAUAUCGAGCGGUCCAGGCGUCCUAGAGACAAUCCAAUCCCCCGUCCUGGACCUUCUGAACAGUUGAUCUGUGAUGAGACCAAACCAUACCAUUCUCAUGAUACAUGCUAUCCUCAAGAUCUUACUGGUGAAAUGGGGUGGUCACUAAAAGAUUUGUUCGGUCGAACGAUGGCAGGACAAUGUCCGCUCGCCAGUGAUGAACACUCACAUCCAAAAUCGGUUUGUGUCAACAUUCCGCAUGAACGCAUGGCUUUGGCCAGGCCGAGUGGUCGAGAGAUCAGAUCGCCAUCCGGAUCUCCAGAGUCCAGAUGCUACCAGGUAAAAUCUGACGAGGAAUUUGAUCUCGAACUUCCUCAGCAAACACUAAAUUCACAACAAGACUUGGGCCACGAAUUACUACGAGCCGAAAGAACAAUCACCGGCCACGGUGCCGCACAAGGGAGCAUGCGAACGAUCUUCACGAACCCAUCAUUCACCAACCCUGUUACUUUUGUGUAUUUCGAAAGUCUACCAUGGUUCAUGCGACCAUAUAUUCACACACUAAAGGCACAACCAACAGGGUCCGGAUUUCCCAAGGAUUGGCAGAUCAUCACUGACAUGUACUACCGACCAGCUAUCGAUCGACGUCGGGGUACACAACUCGAACUGGUCAUUUCGGUUCCUCCAUCUAGCACCGUCAUGCUCACCUACGACUUUGAAAAGGCUAUCCUGAGGUACACGGAAUAUCCACCUGACGCCAACAGAGGUUUCAACGUUGCACCGGCAGUGAUAAGACUCCUCCAAGAGGAGAAUUCGGCCAUGUCAACUGAGGCCGUGUACAUCCGAACGACGAGCCUGUUGUUACCGCUACCAACCCCGGAUUUCAGCAUGCCCUACAAUGUGAUCAUUCUCACCAGCACAGUGAUGGCUCUAGCAUUCGGGAGCAUAUACAACCUCCUCAUUAGACGCCUGGUGGGCGUGGAUGAAGCAGGCGCUGGUCGCAUUCGCGCCUUGACCAAGAAAAUUUCAGGCCUGUUUAUAAAAGUCAAAGAUCGAUUAAAAGGAAAGGGCCAAAAAGUAGAAUAA